AUGCAGGCUUCUACACACCCGGAGCCACCCAAGAAUGGAAGUGCCUCCUUCUUUCCCACCAUGGGCGCCAACCUCUCCCAGGAAAAUAGCACCCAGCCCAACAUCACCUCCACCAAGCCUCUGUCUGCACUCUAUGUGCUCCUGCCAGCUGUGUACUCUGUGAUAUGUGCCGUGGGGCUGACCGGGAACAUGGCUGUCAUCUACGUGAUUCUGAGGGCCCCCAAGAUGAAGACAGUAACAAAUGUGUUCGUCUUGAACCUGGCUGUGGCUGAUGGGCUCUUCAUCUUGGUGCUGCCGGCCAAUAUCGCAGAGCAUUUGCUGCAGCGCUGGCCCUUUGGGGAGCCUCUCUGCAAGCUGGUGCUGGCCAUCGACCACUACAACAUCUUCUCCAGCAUCUACUUCCUGGCCGUGAUGAGCGUGGACCGUUACUUGGUGGUGCUGGCCACUGUGCGAUGCCGCCGUGUGCCCCGACGCACCCAGCGGGGAGCAAAGGUUGCUAGCCUGUGUGUAUGGCUGUGCGUCACCCUCAUGGUUCUGCCCUUCUUCUCCUUUGCUCAUGUCUACAGCAAUGAGCUGCAAGUGCCCAGCUGUGGGUUGAGCUUCCCACAGCCAGAGAGGGCCUGGUUCCAGGCCAGCCGCAUCUACACGCUGGUGCUGGGCUUUGUACUUCCUGUGUGUGCUAUCUGUGUGCUCUAUGUGGAUCUCCUACGCCGGCUGCGGGCCAUGCGGCUCUACUCCGGUGCCAAGGCUCUGGGCAAGGCUAAGCGGAAGGUGACCAUCCUGGUUCUCACCGUGCUGGCUGUGUGCCUCCUCUGCUGGACGCCUUUCCACCUGGCCUCUGUGGUGGCCCUAACCACAGACAUGCCCCAGACAUCCCUUGUUAUUGGCAUCUCUUAUACCAUCACCAGCCUCAGCUAUAUCAACUCAUGUCUCAACCCCUUCUUGUAUGCCUUCCUGGACGACAGCUUCCGCAAGAAUUUCCGCACCUUGUUUCUGUGCCGAGGGGCCUGA